AUGAAAAUCACUUACACGUUUCAGAAGAAGAGCAUGAAAUGCACUACUAUUCACUUCAACGUCAAUGGAAAAUAUAUUCACGCAGAUCAUGUGGAUCCUGAGACGACACUGGCUCAUUAUCUAAGAAACGAGCUGGGCCUGACGGGAACCAAACUCGCAUGUGAAGAAGGUGCAUGUGGUGCUUGCACGGUUACAAUAGGAAAAUGGGAUCGCACAUUGAACAGAGCUAUAUACGUAGCUGUGAAUGCUUGCUUAUAUCCUCUGUAUAUGGCACAUCAUCGGCUUGUCCUGACAGUGGAAGGAAUAGGAAAUGUGAAGAGAUUACAUCCCGUUCAAGAACGCAUUGCACGUGGUCAUGGAACUCAGUGUGGAUUUUGCUCGCCAGGAUUUGUCAUGUCUGCCUAUACGCUUUUGCGAAACAAUCCCACUCCAUCUAUCCGCGAGAUAAAUCAGGCGAUAAAAGGAAAUCUAUGUCGGUGUACUGGCUAUCGUCCAAUAAUUGAAGCUUUGCAAUCGUUCUCGCCCAGUGGUUGCUGCCGAGGAUCUGGGGGUAAAUGCCCUUGCAAAGAACAAAGCAAUGGUUUGGAUCGUGAAAAGCUCGUUACGUUUGAUGAUUUUCCGAAACUCGGCGAAUCACAAGAGAUAGUAUUCCCAUCAAAAUUCAUCAUGGAAUCCGAAGACUCUGAUGGUGAAGAGAUUUUCCUGGAAGGACGUCGAGUAAUGCUGCAGGCACCAUCUGAUCUCAAAGUGUUUGGAGAACAUUUGCGGUCCAAUAGUGAAGCAAAGAUCAUAUCAUCUGGGCUUAUCACCAAAUUGAUUGCAUCCCAGUCAUCGUUUGACAAAAAAGUCGUGUGGGUCAGCACGCAUCGCUUGAAGACCCUCUGCGAUGUAAAGGUAUUCGACAAGGAGAUGUCCGUUGGAGCUAAUCUGACGAUAUCCGAGUUUUUGGAUGCAGUUAGCCGACACUGUAAAUCCAACAUCUCUAAACCUAUUAGAAAGCUUUUCGACAAAUAUUCAUCGCUGCAAGUGGCCAAUGUAGCUAGUUGGGCAGGUGGAUUCUUCAGCGGCUCUUCGGAUCUAUCCGCCCUGUUCUUGGCGCUCAAUCCUAGCUUGACCAUCCGUAACGCGGCCAGCGUUCACGAGUACCGGCAUGUCUCCGAGUUGGUCGACGAGAACGGAAGAGCCAAACUGGGAAAAUCUCAAUUCGCCAUAUCCAUGUCCUUCCCUCGAUCAGAGGAUGGUCUGCGGUUGUUCACUUUCAAGCAAGGGGCCCGAUCUGGUCCAGAUUCUACCGACGUUAACUGCGUGGCUGCGCUAAACGUAAAGGAUGUGAUAGAAACAGCUCGUGUCGCGAUGUCGUUGGGAUCCAGGGCCAUUCUGUGUGGAAAACUCUCAAAGAUGCUGUGUGGAAAGUGA